GCCCACGAGCAAAGCAAGACUAUAUGCACGCUGAUAUGAUCUUAUGCGCACGCAAUGGAAUGUUUGGUAAACAUGGCGGACGAGCUCGUCAAAUGCCCAGGAGUCUAAAAUGCAAGGUUAUAGCCGUGUUUGUGGCUUGUAUUUACACGGUUUUUACACUAUUCUCACUUCACGUGCUUGUUACAAGUGACAGCAAGCCUAGAGAUCCAAAAAAGCUUGCGAUCACCUCGCCAUCUUCCACAAACCUGGUUGAUUUAGAAUCGAAGGCUUCUCGUCAAAACUCGAUAUUGAUCGAAGUUGAAAUCUGGGGGAAAGCUGCAAUCGGGCUAUACCUAUGGGAGCAUAUCCUCGAGGGACCUGUAGAAGAGAGGCUAGGGGGAGUGUGGAGCUAUGGAGAGAAGCAAAUUCGGAACAUCAAGUUCAAAUUUCGAACGGGUCCGGGAGUAGUCCCAGAUAAAGUUCCAAAAGAAACUAGAAAUCUUGUCCUCGUAAUCAAUGGACGAGAACCGACAAAGGUGGACUUUGCGAAAGCCUGGCUCGAUUCUCUUGCAGAUCUACCACAUCUUCGUAAUGUAGCGGUGGUGCUUUUAGGCAACGAACGUUGCGAAAACGGCUGGUUGUAUUCAUAUAUGCAGAUGAAUGGUGGCCUUGUUCAAGUCGCUUUCAUCGUUUAUGACAUCCCUUAUGCCGAUUCUAAAACUUUCUUCCAGUGGCCUUUGGGAGUUGCCACCUAUAGAAAGUUUCCUAAUGUACCUCCUCUGUCUGUUGAUGCCCAAAACCGUCGAAAAUUCAGAUGUAACUUUUUGGGAACUGUUUAUCCUAAUUCCUCACGUGUGGAACUGCAAACAGUUAUUAAACAGUUUAAAUUAGAUGAUGUCUGUUUUGUCAAGACAAGGGAUAACUGGUCACCUGGAGAAAGUGCCGAAUCAGCAAAAGAUUUUCGCUACGCUCUUGCUAACAGUGAUUUGACUUUGAAUCCUGUGGGCAUGAACACGGAAUGUUAUCGCAUAUAUGAAGCAUGCUCUUAUGGAUCAGUACCUGUGAUUGAAGACAUUGUUACACCUGGAGAGUGUAGACGAAGAGACAGAAAAUCUCCCUUAAAUUUGUUAAAAGUAUUUAAUGCACCAUUUAUCUAUGUAAAAGAUUGGAAAGAGCUUCCUAGGAUUAUAGAGAAUGAGAUACACUUAACCCAUCAAGAAGUAGUUGAAAGACGGCUGAAAUUAUUGACUUGGUACAAAAAAUUUAAGGAAGCUGUAAUGGAAAAGUUUGUUAAUGUCAUACAAAAUAAAUUUUCUACAUAAAGUUUGAAUCUCUAUUUCAAUUUGUGGCAACUUCCUGUGAUAGGUUGGACUUUGAGCAGACAAUAGCUUUCCAUUAAAGAUUGCUGUGUGAGAAAAGAAAACUUAACUGGCAUUUUUUUGCAUCUCACUAAACAAUCUUGAUGAAAAAUGAUUGCUACUCCUAGUCUAGAGUGCAUUAAUUUUUUAUUUCCUUUUUCCUCCCAAGUAGAGCACUUCCUUUCCUACUCUCUCUUAUAUUUAUACACCUGAGUGGAGAAAGGCACUGUAAGAGUCAGGUGUCUUCCCCUCAUCAAAAAAGUGCCGUUCCUUUAAACACAAUACCAUGAAUGUACAAAUUAUCAUAAUUAUAAAUCUUGAUCAACAAAUUUACCUUAAAAACUAAUUUUGCAACAACUAAACCAUGACUGUGAAAAAGUGUUCAAAAUUUGGGAUCGGAACUUACCGAUCAACAAAUGGCAAAGUUUUCUUAGAGGUUUGUAACACUUCACACUUCGUUGGGUUUUCAAUUUUGUUAAGAACCACAGUUCAUUUUCUUUAAUCUUACUGAUUUUAGCCUGGUUCAAGUAGUUUAUUAUUCAAAAUGAUUUAUAGAAUAAAUUUACCAAU